GCGGCGAGCCGCGACCGGUGGUGCCAGUGGUGACCUUUGGCGCCGAAUUUCUCCCUCUCGGCCCUUUGGAGGAGACAGAACACGUUUAAACGGCCCGUCUGUAAUUAGUUUCCCGGGUGUGACGCUGCGGAUAGACGAAGAGGACCCAGGCCUGGUGCCCCAAUGAGGUCAUAUAUGGGGAUCCCGGGUGUACCUGGACUGGACUCUUGCAAAAAGGUGGGAAGACGUCUGCAGGGUUUGCGCCAAAUUCUGAUGUCCUCGUGUGUCGUUUUGUCGUGGAUUCGUGGGUUGCGCCAGGCGGCGGGGGCUAGCGGGGAAUAAAAUCAAAAGAUGAUAAUUGUGGAAUUAUGGGAUGAAGAAGAGUACUCCGUACUGGAGGGAAGGGAAAGGCGGAGAGGGCAAAGCUCUAGUGUCCUUUCUGGCCUCGUGUGAGGAAAUCGUAAAUGCUUUGUCUCGUUCAAUUGCUCGUGAUAGUCGUGCGCUCGUCACCUAUGACCGAUGAUCAGGGUCCCUCAAUUCUGGGCUGCUGGAUCCUGGAUGCUGGGUCUGGGUCCCCGGAUCUUUGGGGGGUCUCAAAUCUGAGUCGGUCGGGAGAUUCCCUGGUGCGUCUUGGUGGUGUUCGACUCAGAGCGUUGGUGGCUCUACUGGGUAUUAAUAAACUGGGCUCCUCGGCUUGCAACUACCUCUUCUCUAGCACUUCAUGUGCGAAACGAAUGUCGCUCCGUCUCUGUCUUCUUUUUCUGUUGUUGCUUCCCCAGCUAGUGUCUGCAGUCGUGUGUCACUGCCAUGUGAUCGCGAUGAAUAGGCUGUCCUGGCUGAUCCUGUUCGAAGGAAGUUGGGAGACGCCGAAGUAUGAGGUGACGCAGUUGCCCAAGGUGCAGCGGUCUAGCCCUUUAACAGAUCGGGGGGCACGUCAAAGUGCAGAACGAAUCUUGAUAACGAAGCGUCCAAAGAUGCUUCCUACAGUAACGACCAGCUUCCCGGUUUUCGUCUUGGUAAUGAUGGUUGGUGGCAGCCGUCCGUGGUGGUGUUGGUGCGGAAAGACGGCCGCUUCUUCAAAAGUUGGUGGUUUCAGGAGGAAACAAAACAGCCGAACGAAGAGGCGACGGGUCAAGUUCAGGUCAAGUCGAGACGAGACAAGAAGGCAAAGAGCAAAGAGGAGGUUGGCGCGCAAGCCGAUCCUUCUUUUUUUGGUCCCCUCCUCUGCGUUUCUCUCUUUUCCCUCGUCUCUCUUUCUCGUCAGCCGAGGCGGGUUCUCCUUCUCGAGCGCUUCUGUCGCAUAAGAAACACUCCUGGGAUUGGAUUGGAGGAGGGGGUGCGCCAGAUUUGAGAUUUGGGUUGACCACUCAAAUCGCUAUCGAACCGUUGCAAGGUCCCGCCCAA